AAAUUCUACUCUCCACUCUUAUAUUAGCACUUCGAGUACUACCAGCCCCAAAUUCUCCGAUUCCUCUUCCCCCAUCGAUUCCAUCCUUGCAAAUUUUCGAUUUUGCGUCUUCCUUCGUUCCCAAGUCACCAUCAAUUUGGGUAUUGGUGUUUGAUUUUGCUGUGCGCGAUGAAGAUCGAGGAAUUGGAGGAUGCAGAGUAUUGUAGGGAAGAAAGAGAGAGAUACGAGAGGCAGAUUGUGAGCGUUGAUGCGAAGCGAGCGUUGGUCGGAGCAGGUGCCCGGAUUCUGUUUUACCCGACACUUUUGUAUAAUGUGCUUCGUAACAAGAUGGAAGCUGAGUUCAGGUGGUGGGAUCAAAUUGAUGAGUUUUUGCUACUGGGGGCGGUUCCAUUCCCGAAAGAUGUUCCUCAUUUGAAGAAGCUUGGUGUGGGUGGUGUGAUUACUCUGAAUGAGCCUUAUGAAACUUUGGUGCCAUCAUCAUUAUAUCAUGCUCAUGGGAUUGAUCAUUUGGUCAUCCCCACGAGGGAUUAUCUCUUUGCUCCCUCGUUUGUGGAUAUAAGCCGGGCUGUGCAGUUCAUUCACCAGAACGCAACUUGCGGAAAAACCACUUAUGUUCACUGUAAAGCUGGGCGAGGGAGGAGUACUACAAUUGUGCUUUGUUAUCUGGUUCAAUACAAGAACAUGACACCAGCCGGUGCCCUAGAAUAUGUGCGGUGUCGAAGGCCUAGAGUGCUACUAGCACCAUCACAGUGGAAGGCUGUUCAAGACUAUAACAAGCAAAUACAAUGUCCUUUACCAUACUCUCCAUCCGGGGAUGAAGUUCUUAUAACCAAAGCUGAUCUUGAAGGCUAUCACAGCGCAAGUGAUACUAGUAUGGAGCUUGCCAUUGUUCCUAAAUUGCCAAAGACAAAGCCCAUGAUAGCAAGAUUAUCUUGCCUGUUUGCAUCCUUAAAAGUAUCUGGUAGCAGUGUACCAAUGACCAGGCGGUUGCCAGUUUCUGAGUCACGCGCAUGCUAAGCAAGCUUGACAUGGCUUGUCAAGCCUGUACAGGAGAUGAUUAUGAAAGAAAUAAGUGAAGUUUGGCAAUUUCUCACAAAGUCGGUACAACUGUAUUACAUGAAGAGAGGGUUCAUAGGAAAAUAGGGGGGAAGAUUUCUCCACUGUGUUAAAGGUUAAAGUGGAACAUGUUUUAGUUUUUUCUUGUACAUAUAUUUGUCUUCGUAUGUUUGUUAAUGCAAGUAAAAUCCUCGUUCAAGUUAAAGCAUUAUUCAUGUGUAAGUGUAACCAACAAGGAUUUGUUAGGUAGUGAGAAAAUGGUUACUUGUCAAUUUCUUUGCACUUGCAUGAUAAGUGGUGUCAGUAUCUAGUAGCCAAGUGUUUGAGAAUGAGGAAUUGCUAUCUUAGGUGUCAGUGAGUGUUGACUGAUGUGUGAAUGAUCCAUUGAGUGAUGAUUAGUGUUGCUGCUA